AUUCGGAUUCGAUCCCGGACGAAGCGGACCUGAGCUUGGUUUUCUCGAUUUGGAUAAUCCACCGGAGCGGCGCAUUUUUCUUCGCGUGGACCCACUACGCGGACACGAUGCGGUGCGGACUAUAAUUCAUUCAAAUCGGCAUUUUUUUCGUCAGCUACAAUUUAAGUCGAUAAUCGUCCCCUGAGGGUCCGGCGCUCCCUGCCUUUCAGAUUUUGGGGGAAAAACAGGCUAAAAAGAGGUGAUCCUGAUGGUGGUUCUCGGAUCGCGAUCCGCUGCCGGUCAGAUCUUAAUCUCGUUCUAGAUUCGCCGGAUCUCUCGGUCGCCGUAUUUAGGGUUAGGUUGAACGGGGGUGUUGGGAGACAUGAAGGUGGUGAAGUCGCAGGUGUGGCAGCCAUGCAAGAAGAAGAGGUCUUGACCCAUUGAGAGGUGGGGAGGAGGAGGAGGAGAAAGCUUUGAUUUGUGGAAGGACAUUGGGGUGGGAAUCUAGGGGACAAUGAUGAGCACGGUGGGACGAACGAGGGUGGGGAAGUACGAGCUCGGGAGAACGCUCGGUGAGGGGACGUUCGGCAAGGUGAAGUUCGCGCGGAAAGUGGGGACGGGGGAGUGCGUUGCCAUCAAGAUCCUUGACAAGGAGAAGAUCCUCCGCCACAAGAUGAUCGGCCAGAUAAAACGUGAGAUCUCAACCAUGAAGCUGAUAAAACACCCAAAUGUCAUACGGAUGUAUGAGGUAAUGGCCAGCAAGACAAAGAUAUACAUAGUUAUGGAAUUUGUAACUGGGGGAGAGCUCUUUGAAAAAAUUACCCAUCGUGGAAGAUUGAAGGAGGAUGAAGCCAGGAAGUAUUUUCAACAGCUAAUCAAUGCUGUAGACUACUGUCAUAGCAGAGGUGUCUUCCACAGAGACCUAAAGCCAGAGAAUCUGCUGUUAGAUUCAAAAGGAGUGCUGAAAGUCUCUGAUUUUGGACUAAGUGCAUUACCUCAGCAAGUUCGUGAGGAUGGGUUGCUUCACACAACAUGUGGGACUCCAAAUUAUGUUGCUCCUGAGGUGAUUAAUAACAAAGGUUAUGAUGGAGCCAAGGCAGAUCUUUGGUCAUGUGGAGUCAUCCUUUUUGUCUUAAUGGCAGGUCACUUGCCUUUCGAAGACACCAAUCUUAUGUCUUUAUAUAAGAAGAUCUUUAAAGCAGAAUUCACAUGUCCUUCUUGGUUCUCUACAAGUGCAAAGAAACUUAUCAAGAGGAUUUUGGAUCCCAAUCCCCAGACUCGCAUUACAGUUGCAGAAGUCAUUGAAAAUGAGUGGUUUAAAAAAGGAUAUCAACCACCAAGUUUUGAAACACCGGAUGUUAAUCUUGACGAUGUGGAUGCAAUUUUCAGUGGAUUUGGUGACUCUGCAAAUCUUGUUGUUGAGAGACGAGAAGGAGGGCCAGCUAUAAUGAAUGCUUUUGAGCUUAUUUCGACGUCUCAGGGUCUCAAUCUUGGCACCCUUUUUGAGAAACAAAUGGGCACUGUUAAACGGGAAACGAGGUUUGCAUCGAGACUUCCUGCGGAUGAGAUACUUUCAAAAAUUGAACAAGCAGCCACACCUCUAGGAUUCAACGUAGAGAAGCAAAAUUACAAGUUAAAGCUCAAAGGGGAGAAAACUGGAAGGAAAGGUCAUUUAGCCAUUGCCACAGAGGUUUUUGAAGUAGCACCUUCAUUAUACAUGGUGGAGCUUCGCAAGUCCAAGGGCGACACUCUCGAAUUUCACAAUGUUUACAAGAACCUCUCAACAGGCCUAAAAGAUAUAGUCUGGAACUCACAAGAGGAAGACAACGGAACCAAGGAAAAUUAGAUUAGCAAUUUUAAUAAUGUAAAUACUGUGAUUGAAAUAGUUAUAUAUAAUCAUGGCCAGCAAAUGUAGAUUGGACUUUGAUCUGUAUUAUGUUGGUAGGUGUGGCAUUUCUGUAUUACUGUUGACAAGUCUAUUGCUGUGACCAUUCAGAAAUUGUAGAGGAUGCUGGAGUCCCAUAGAUGUGAUUAAUGAUUUGUACUUUCAUAGCAUCACUAUUUUGUUUGAGUUCAUUAUGCUAUGCAAAUGGCCAAUAAAGGAAAAGGCAACAAUAGGAUGUAAAGAAAUAUGAGAGAUGGAAAAUUCAACUA